GGGAACCUGCUCCCUGCAGCUGUUUCAGCGUUGAAAUCAGCCCUUGCGCCACCACUAAAUGAUGUUUCUUUAAAUUGGGAUGUACGAGUUGACGGCAAGAUGGUGAAAGUCCGCACCACUCCACGUCAAUUGCCUCCACUUUUUUAUGGCCAUCAAAUGAUCGUGUUCGGAGUUAUUCCACCAAGUGAGGAAACAAACAGUGUGGGCAAAGUGGAGGGCACUGUAAAAUUGCAGUACGAACUGAAUGGCACCAUUCAAUCAUACACCUCCGAAAUUCAAUCGCUCCCUCUCGUUCAGGAAAGCCUUCCUAUUCAUAGACUUGCUGCCAAAGUAAAGAUAAAUGAUUUAGACAAAAAGUUGGCCAACACUUUAGCCCUCAAAGUGUGGAAAAAGGGGAAUGUCUGUCAGAAGGCCAUUGACAUCUCGGUCAGUACCAAUGUAAUUUCUCCAUUUACCUCCUACUUUGGAGUCGCUCCAAAAUGUGAAGCACCUAAACCUACUUCAAAACGUACUGAUGGACUACUCAAUAAAUUUAACAUAAUGAAAAUGAAUGAUUUGCGUGCUUGGGCAACGGUGCUGAUGAUUGUUUAUCUCCGUUUCUAUUCGAACCCAGAUGAGAAAGAAAGUGAAUUUCUCAUUUAUAAAGCAAUGGACUGCCUUCAGAAUGAAAUGGGUUACAGCAAUAUUGAGGAGAUAAUUGAAAAGGGCAAAUCGGCGUAUGAAAUGCUGGAAGACGUAGCAACACCAAAUAACGUACUUACUGAACCAUUCCGACCUUGCGAACUUAAUGCUGCGAUAAAACAGCUAAAGUGCAAGAAGUCUCCUGGCGAAGACGGCAUUCAUCCAGAAUUUCUAAUUAGAAUGGGUCCAAAAGCCAAGGAAACCAUGCUGACGCUUUACAACAAAAUCUGGGAGACCAGUCUCGUACCUAACCAAUGGAAAGUUGCCAUAGUAAUACCAGUACUAAGAAAGGGCAAAGACCCUAGCAACUUUGACAACUAUAGGCCUAUCUCCCUCACAAGCGUGCUGGCUAAACUUAUGGAAAGAAUGGUUAACAGGAGGCUCACCUGGUUCCUUGAGACUAACAAUAUUCUUAGGAGUGAACAAGCAGGUUUUAGGCCACAAAGAUCAACGAACCAACAAGUAGCCACUCUCUCCCAACACAUCAAAGAUGCCCUUGAUGCAAGAAAUACCCUUACGGCUGUUUUCGUCGAUUUCAAAUCAGCAUAUGACUUAGUAUGGAAAGAGAAGCUAAUUCUAAAAUUGGCAAAGAUUGAUUUGAAUAGAUCUUCAAAUGCUAAGCUGACAACUUUUUCCAGACCUCUAUUUAGUCAAAGUAAUUAUAACUGUAAUUUUAAGCUUUUAGCUUCCGAUAAUAACUUAACUUGCGAUGAAGAACAUACUGAAAUGGAAACUAGCUGUGGCUUAGUUGCAGAAUCGGAGCCCAGUCGACCACAUAGAAUGCGUUUUAGAAUGGAUUUUAUAUAUCCAAUUAUCAGACGCGAUCAAAACGACGACAUUAUGCAAGUUCCUGUAAUAUCAUCUCAGGAUUUCAAUGACAAUUUUGAUAUUACUGAUCUUACUCAAAUGUUGGAAAAUACUACAGCGGAGGCUUUCACCAAUGAAGAACCCACUCAAGACUUUUCAGAAGUAACUACUGAUGCAAAUAAAGAAAAUUUUGAAAAAUGUCAUGAUCCCCCUCUUGUGACUCCUAAUUUUUCUCAUGUUUCGAAUUCAAUGCAGCCAUAUCUUGAAGUCAAAAAUCCAGAAAGAAAUACAUUUGAUGAAUCGAGUACUUCUAUUAAAACCGAGACCUUGAAUCAAAUUUUAUUGUUUAUGUUAUCCAUUUAUUUCAAAAUUGCAGAUGAUUUGGUUCAGAAUACGACUGAAAUUGGAUCCCAUUCUACUCCACAGAAGUCUCUGAGCGAUUGUGCUGAAUCUCAAAAAUAUGCAGCUAUGCCAACUCCUGCUUUAGGAUUUCCCGGUUUCAAAACUGCCUCUGGAAAUUCCCUAAAAGCUCCUUCCGACGAGGCUCUAAAAAGAGCUAAAUGUCUCUUGGAAGAAGCAGCUAAUUCUGAUAUCCGGGGUAAAUCACUUUCCGAUACUCCUGUUCGAGUUGACAAGUCUACAAAUCCCACCUUUGGGUUUACGACUGCAUCUGGAACCAAUAUAAAGGUUCCAUCUUCCGAAUCUAUAGCUAGAGCCAAACGUCUUGUUAAUGACUGCAAACACUCUAUGAAGGAAUCAGAUGAUAAAGGAGGCUUCAAAAAUCCGUGUGGUAAGAUUCUAAAACCUCCCUCCAGUGCGACACUACAAGAACCCAAUGUUUUGUUGGAGGAAUCUUCUCUUCAUAAAGAAAACAUCGAUUCAAAUAAUAGUUUAAAAGGUACGUUUGAAAUGGCCAUUAGAAAGAAUUUGAAGUUCGCGUCUGGUGAAUCCAUCGAGCAUAUAGGGUGUUUGUUUGAAGACUCAAAUACAAAUAACAAAACUACUAAAUCAUCAGGCAGCUCUAUGACAGAAACCACCACGGAAUCAGCUGAUUCGAUGUGCAUCAUCCAGGCUCCCAAUACAGUUUCCUUUAAGCAGUCUAACAGACCCUUAGAACGUUCGACACUCCCCAAAGAUUCAUCAUCAAUCAUUUCCGCCACUGGUAGUGGUCCAACGCUGCAAUUGUCUUCCAUGGAAUCACUUAAUAGUUCUAAGCAACUUAUGGAAGCAUGGUCUAAGGAGCCAGGUACAAUCUUCAUGGGUCGAAAGAAUGGGGAAACCCCUAUUUUAAGUAGUCAUAGCCUACCUCAAAGUGGAUUUAAAUCAGCUUCAGGAAAGACAAUCGCUGCAGUAUCGGAGGAAGCCAUGAAAAGAGCCACUGCCCUUUUAAAUGAAGUUACCAAGGAAAUUGAAAUUAGUCAGGAAGUACCAGCAAUUUCAAAUAGGAUUUCUCCCCCAGUUGGAGGCGGUUUUAAAUUGGCUUCAGGGAAAGCAAUAGACCCAGCAUCGGAUGAGGCAAUGAAACGAGCGACAACCAUUUUUAAUGAAUGUGCCAGGGAAACUGAAAUUAUGAAGGAAUCAAUUACUUCAAACAAGACUACUCCACUUGUUGGAAGUGGCUGCGGGACGGUUUCAGUUAGAUCAACUACCCCGGUAUCAAAUAAGGCAACGGAACAGCCCACUAUUCCACUUAAUGAAUGUGCAAACGAAACAGAAGGUGUACAAGUGGAAAUGUCUGCACUUAAAUCGCCCUCGCUUGAAAUCAGUUCCUCACCAUCUCGCAAGGCGGAAAAUUCUGAGUUGUCUCCAGUGUUAGAUUUUGAUGAAUCCUUUGAAAUUUCCUCCCAGAUGAUGAAUGUGUUGGAGGGGAGAAUAUCCCAACCUCAGCAAAACACUCAAUCCUUAUUUAUUGAAGAACGGCGUUGUGCACUGAGAGCAGAACAGGAGAGUAAAGCUGCGUCUCGAUUUAAGUCUAUCAAUGCCUCUGAUCUCAGUGCAUCGAGAAUUAAUUCUCUCUCUGCUUGUUCAAGGGAGUCCUACUCGAAAACUCAUCGGAUAAUUCAUGAACCUUCUUCUCCUGGGUUGUUGUGGAAGCGUCGAAAAAUUGGUGGUCAUUCCGUUAAAGAUAUCUCUAUUUCUCUUUCCGGCCUUGCUAGCAAAGAGUUGAAUUUCGUUGAUGAUUUUAUUCGGUUGGACAAUCCCGGACCAUUUUCUCUGAAUAAUGCUUCAGAUUUGAGGUUUAAAGUAGACUCGUGUGACUUGCAAAUCAGUUAUCUCCUCGGAGAUGAGGUUGAAAUUAUUCCUGAUUCGUUUGGUUAUGUAGGCUGUGAGGAAGUUGUAAGGGCGUUUGUAUGUUCGCCAGGGGUGACCAGUGGUUUGGCAACGCGUCAAUGGAUUGUUCAUCACUUCUGUCAACUUGCAUGGCGCUUCGGGUCUACAACCUUGCUGCACUAUGAUAGUCUUAUGAGGAGUGUUUCCACGAAUUUAAUUCUUCCUCACUCAUCCAUGGAACGAACCGAUGGUCGUCUUCUGCUUCACGCCUUACUGUUGGAAUUGAAAUACCGAUAUGACCGAGAGUUAGAAGCUGUUCAGAGACCAGCAGUUCGUAGGAUACUCGAACGGGAUGACACCCCUGCAAAGAGGAUGGUCCUCUGUGUGAGUCACUUAGAAGGCCUACCUAAUCAUCAAUACAGAGGUCGUCUAACAGAUGGCUGGUAUCAUAUUGACUGGGUUCCUGAUCCUCUACUCACUCGUCUUAUUGAACGUGGACGAAUAAGAGUGGGGACAAAGUUGGCCACAGCUGGUGCUGAGUUCAUACAAGCCCCGUCUGGUUUCGGUGGUGAUAAAGGAAAAGAGUGUAAGGGAGAGGAUGCUCAUCUUUACGGGCAAUUUUCGAAUGGAUUGGCUUUGCGACUCAAUGGCAAUUCGACUGUGCCGGCACCGUUCAAUGCACGGCUGGGUUUUGCAAGUCAUCAACCAAUGGCUAAUCUCCCACCAAUUCCUCUCUCUUCUAUCACAUCGGACGGUGGGGCUGUGUCAUCUGUCUGUGUUCUUAUUCAGAGACGCUUCCAAUUGCAGUACAUGGAAACAUGUUCGCCAGAGGAUGGAGAGGCGAGCGAAACAGAAGGAUCUCGCAGACAACACGUCUUUCGUGAUCCUCGAUCUGAGCAAGCAGCCGAAAGAAAACAUGCCGAAAAGUGUCAACGAGCUUUUGAUAAGGCUCUUGGUGAAUUUACCUCAUCCAAGGGCAGACGCGGUCGUCGAUCUCAACCAAAGGCUGCUUUCCUCAAUUCUCUAGGACUGGAUGGUGAGGCCUUGUGGAAUGCAGUUAAUAAUGCUCUUGAUCCCGGUCUUGCUGAAAGUGAUCUGUCUGCCGCUCAGCGUGAUGCUAUGCUCCGGUACAAGGAGACGGCUAUGCAGGAAAUUCUCUCCCAGUCUAUUUCCAAGCGAGAGGUUACGCAGCUUUUGCGACUUCAAGUAGCUGGUAUUCAUCCUCAAGAUGUCAGAAAGCGUUGUGAACUGCCUCUGACAUUGUGGAAUCCAACUGAAGAAAUGGUAGAAGUUUUACAAGAAGGAUCUGUCGUCCAAUUAACUCGAAUUAACGUUUCGACAACACGUAUUACAGAUCCGUUCGCAUCCCUCUCUUUGAGUGCUACUGAAAAUGGGCAAUUAGUGAGCUUGUCUGGUAGUCGCGGAACAAAAGUUCGCCCUUUAAAGGCAACACAGAUGGUAAAGUUCUUCAAACAGGGUAAACCGACGGAUUCGAUGUCAGUUCAAGAUCUCAUUGAAACUAUCUACCGACCAAGGCACUUUUUUUCCAUUGGAGAGUUGGCGACUGUUGUCGGAGAUUCAUCUGAUCGCGCAAAGGUUGUGAACUUUACAGCCUUCGUGGUUGGCACAAAGACUACAACUUCCGCGACCACAAGGAUUUCUGGUGGUGGUGGUGGAGGAGGAAGCAACACUUUCAAAAUUAACUCUGACCUCGGAGUUGUCUAUCUUGCCUCAUUGCGUGGCGAGGAUGGUGAGGAAGAUUUCAGCACGAUUGCAGUCCUUCGGAUUUGGGGAGGACUUGACCGCUACUGUCUCAGCUCCGUGCUCUCAGCAAGAAAUCGAGUUCGUUUUACUGACGUGCAACUCAAAAGCAUCAGUAAGCUUCAAUUGGAUCCUGACUUCCCCCCUAAUGGAAAUCAAGACGUCAAUUGUGUCCUCUUGAACUACACUGCAGCUAGCUAUGUUACUACUGAAACUGCACCAAGAGAUAUUUCAAUGAACAAACGCUUUCAAACUCCGUGGAAAGAGACGCCUCAGCUCUACUCCUUCAUGCAGGCCUGCAUGGAGUCCCACUUCCAGAAAUUUUUCUCUGGAACCUCCUUGGUACGCACCCCAGCAUCGAGAUGUCUUCGUUCUUCUGCCCGCUUUGCCUCACCAUUAAUUUCUGCGUCAAAAACAGAAUCCACCUCUCCACCUUCUAGCGUUAAUGUGAAGGAACAGAGUAGUGUCGUCAAGCAUGAGGUGUCAUCUAGUUCCUCAAUUACAAGAAUCCGAACUAGAACUGGUCUUUGUCGCCCACGAAAGUCAAUUUCCGCCGCUCUUGCUGCUUCAACUCCUAAUACUUCUCUUAUUCAAGAUACCUCGGUAGUUAAAGAGGAAUUCCCGACCCCAUUGCAUCCAGCACCCUCUGCAUUUUCAACUCCCCUCUCUGCUAAACGUUCAUUUUCGACGAGUUUGGGUAAAAUGGAGUCAGUCGUACCGCCUGUGCUCGAAAGAUCAUCUCCCAUCGCAAAGCGUCGAAGAUCCACUUUGUUUGCAUCUUCUAUUCCUAUGCAGAGUUCUAGAGCUUCCCCCAGGUUGGAAACUUCAAAUUCAUCUGCGUUCGAUCACCAUGUGGUCUCCCCCAAUUUCGACUCCGAUACUGAGUCAACUGAGCCCCAAAGAACUGAGAUAGAAGCAUCAGAAAUGAAAACUUCGGAUUUUGGCCCCUCUUCUCGCGGUAUUAAUUCUGAUACUACCUCAACUGAACCCCAAAGAAAUUCUAGUGCAUCCUUACAAGCCAUUACACACCCAGAAUCCUCUCUAGAAGCGAAUUCUUCUGUACUGUUUGAAGAUACUCCAUCGUUGGAUGUGAGCAUUGCCGAUUUGGUGAAGACUAGGAAACGCAAGUGUAACUCGCAGACUUCAUCUCCCGCCCCAACCCGGAAAAAAUCACUCAAAUUGAGGGGUACUCAAUAG